AUGGAUGAGUCAACAGACAUGUGUGGCACCUCCCAGCUGCUAAUUUUCAUUCGAGGUGUGGAUGCCAAUUUAAAUAUCACUCAAGAGUUGGCUUCACUGAACAGUAUGUACAACACAACGACUGGAGAAGACUUGAUGAGAGAAAUGCAGAAAACAUUUGAACAAUAUAGUUUAGAUUGGAAUGGACUGAAAUGCUUAACUAUUGAUGGGGGAAGAAAUAUGUGUGGUGUGAAGAAAGGAUUGGUGGGAAAAAUCAAACAAUUUUGUGCUGAAAAAGAUAUUUCAGAACCAAUGUUUCUACAUUGCAUAUUACACCAACAAGCUCUUUGUGCUAAGUAUGUGGACAUUAGCUGUGUGUUGUACCCUGUAACAAAAAUGGUGAAUUUGAUAAGAUCACAUGUGCUGAAUCACAGACAGUUCAGGGAAAUGUUAAGAGAGACUGAGACAGAAUCUGUUGACAUGCCAUAUUACACUGCAGUAAGAUGGCUAAGUUGUGGAAAAGCGCUGUCAAGGGUUUUUGAGCUAAGAAAGGAAAUUGCUGAAUUUCUUGCAGGAAAAGGGAAGCAUCAAGCAUUACUGUCUGAUAAACUGUGGAUAUGUAAGUUGGCUUUUACUGCAGAUAUCACUGGCCAUAUCAAUAGUUUAAAUCUGAAGCUACAGGGAGAAGAAAACCUCAUUAGUGAUUUUUUUACACAUCUAAAGGCCUUCAGACACAAACUAGACCUAUUCCUGAAACAAAUCCAGGUUAUGAAUUUCACACAUUUUAAAAACUGUACAGAAGCUAUGGUAGAAGCUACCACAGAUUUUCCACUUUCAUUUGCAUGUGGGAUUAUUGAAGAGCUUCAACAUCAAUUCCAGGAGAGAUUUGCUGAUUUGCAUGCAAAAGCAGAUGAGUUGAGACUCUUUCAAAAUCCAUUUCAAGUGGAUCCAGCUGCAUGUCCAGACAGUUUACAAUUAGAGGUGAUUGAACUACAAGCAUAUGACUUGCUGAGGGAUAAAUUUAAAGAAGGGCUUGUUCAAUUUUACCAAUUUUUACCUAAAGAGAACUAUCAAAAUUUGAGGCAUUUUGCUGCAGGACUGCUAUCUAUGUUUGGCUCUACAUACCUGCGUGAAAAAACUUUUUCUAGAAUGAAGUAUGUGAAAAACAGUUAUAGAACAAACAUGUCUGAUGAAAAUCUGAGGGCUCUUCUAAUGCUUGGGACCUCAAAACUAAAGCCAAACUUUUUCACAAUUUUGUCAUCAAAAAGCCAAUGUCACCACUCACAUUGA